AUGUCGCUGCUCUUCAGACCUCGUCUGCUGGCCAGAUUUGGCAAGCAAUCACUGGUAUUGCUAACAUCUAUCACCAUCCGAAAGUCUACUAAUGUUAACCGUUCGAUUAGAUUCCAGGCUGAGCGCCUAGGCAGUAUUAACCAUAAAGCCCGAUUGCCUCGAAGCGUGCAAGCGGUAUACUUGCGGCCGCUUCGGAGGAAAGCCGAGUAUGGGCUGCCAGUUUGCGAUCUUCAACUAAGGUCAUAUAGCGUUCGAAACUUGGAGUUUUUCGCUGAUUUUUCCGUGCGUGCCGCUUAUUACUUGAAGCUUCCAGUUUCCGGGCCUGUACCUCUGCCACGCAUCGUCGAACGUUGGACAUUCCCUCGAAGUAAUUUCGUGCACAAGAAAAGCCAAGAGAACUUUGAGCGGAUUACUCUUCGUCGACUGAUUCAGAUCAAGGAUGGCAGCCCUCAAGCGGUCCAGGCGUGGCUAGCAUUUUUACGAAAGCAUGCUUUCUAUGGUGUCGGCAUGAAGGCUAACAUUUGGGAACACGAGAGCCUUGAUAUUAUCAAAAACAUGGAUGACACACUUCCUGAUGUUGAAAGGUCCCUCGAGCCCUACUUAUCGCAAUUUGGUCAGCGGCAGAGCGGCGGAGCGCAAGGUUCAACGUCUGAUAUUUUGGGUGACAUACGACUCAUCAAGAAUAGGAGUCCGUUAAGUGACACCAUAUUUUCUGGAAUUCAGCCAACAGGUGUGCCGCAUUUAGGGAAUUAUCUGGGUGCUCUGCGUGAAUGGGUCAGACUACAGGACACUGCUGUCGAGGGGACGAAAUUAUUCUACUCCAUCGUCGACCUCCAUGCCUUAACUGUGCCACAAAAUAGCUGCCAAUUGAAGAAGUGGCGGAGAGAGGCAUUCGCGACUCUGCUCGCUGUAGGCUUGAAUCCAGAUCGUUCAACCAUUUUCUAUCAGUCAGCUGUUCCUGCGCAUACUGAAUUAUAUUGGAUCCUGAGUACGGUAGCUUCUAUGGGAUACUUGUCACGGAUGACUCAAUGGAAGAGCAAGUUGCAGCUGCCGGAAGACAUAAGCUUGGAGCACUCGGCUGCGAGAUCUAAAUUACGGCUUGGCUUAUUCUCUUAUCCUGUGUUGCAGGCGGCGGAUAUCCUAGUGCACAGGGCUACUCAUGUCCCUGUUGGGGAAGACCAAAGACAGCAUCUAGAGUUUUCUAGGUAUACUGCUAAUAGUUUCAAUCAUCUCUACGGCCCGAUUUUUCCAUCUCCAGAGGCACUUAUCUCACCUGCGAGACGAGUUAUGUCUCUCAAAGAGCCUACUUUAAAAAUGUCCAAGUCACAUUCCGACAACCGAUCGAGGAUCCUCCUCAAUGACACGCCUGAGGAUAUUCAUAAAAAGGUCAAGGCUGCCCUAACUGACUCAGAUACAAAUAUAACCUACGAUCCUCUCCUCCGGCCAGGCGUGUCAAAUCUCAUAGAAAUUUUAAGCCACUUUGAUGGAAGGUCUUGCAACGAGAUAGUCAUAGGAUACAAGUCAGCAAGCCUUCGAGCUCUAAAGGAAGACCUAGCAGACCAAAUCUCAGGUCACCUCCAGGGUAUACGAGAACAGUACUGUUCAUUCAUGGAAGACAGGUCCGGCUAUCUAGAUGCUGUCGCAGCGCGAGGUGCUCAGGCUGCGCGUGCCAAUGCCGAUGUGACUAUGAAGCAAAUAAGAACAGCCAUGGGGCUGUGA